AAGGCCGGAUAUUAUGCAUUCGGUAAGUAUGAUUUCCAGGUUUAUGAAUGAGCCCAGCAAGCUUCAUUAUACAGCGGCAAAAAGGGUGCUGAGGUAUCUUCAAGGAACAAAGAUGCAUGGACUCUUAUAUGAGAAGGAAGAGGACAAUAAGCUAGUUGGUUUUACUGAUAGUGAUUGGGCAGGAUCAUUGGAUGACAGAAAAAGCACAUCGGGAUAUUUAUUUUGUCUUGGCACAAAGCUGAUUUCUUGGUGCUCAAAGAAGCAAAAGACUGUUGCAUUAUCCUCUGCCGAAGCCGAGUACAUUGCAGCAACGGAUGCGGCUUGUGAAGCUAUUUGGCUAAGGCGAAUUCUCUCUGAUUUGAAGCAGUCGCAGCAGCAGCCAACUACCAUUCAUUGUGACAAUAUGUCCACAAUCGCCAUGACGAAAAAUCCCGUGUUUCAUGCAAGAUCAAAACACAUUGAGCUAAGGCAUCAUUUCAUCAGAGAUUUGGUGAAUAAAGAAGAAAUCUGUCUUGAAUUCAUCAACACAAAUGAUCAACCUGCUGACAUCCUCACAAAGGCGGUAACUAUCGAAAAGUUUGAUAAAUUCAAGAAGCAACUGAAAAUUACAAAUUAAGAGGGGGUGUUGGAAGUUAAUUUGUAUUUUUCCUAAGAGAUAACUUGAGUGGAAUAAUCUGGAAAGUUGGAUUCAUGAAUGGUCAGUCAAAGAGAUAAGUUCAUUGUAAUGGUUCAUCUUCCCAAUGAGCUUGGUAAUUGUAAAGGUCAAGCCGUCCAGGAUAGAAUUGUUCUAGGUGCUUCCAAUUGUAAGUAUAAAUAAAGGUUUAGUGAGAGCAGCUAGAUAAGCAACCGACUAGCUAUCUAAAAAUUAGAUCAAAGCCUUUGUGCCGUAGCAGAAGGUUACUUGU